AUGUUUUUUAACAAGUUUGACAUUUUCUAUGAAACCAUUUCGCCAGAGGGGCAAGCUGAAUCCUGUCUUUUGGAUUAUGAUCAAAGACGCGACAUACACCUGAUAGGACCAGAGACACUGAUUGGUCAGGGGGACGGAACCGAUGGCGACUUGCUGGAAAGCUAUCUUCCUCUCAUGUCCGCAGAUAUCAAAACUAUUGUUUUGGAUGAUGAUGGUCGCCUUCUCACAGCAACAACACGUAGGCCGCCCUUGGAUAAAAAUCCAUUCACCGGCCAUGGGCCAUUCCUAGCGACAAUACGACGGCCAAGGGUCGCAAUUUCUCCUUUCUGCGAUUGGCCUACAGUCUACCACUCCCAGUUGACGGAACUCGAUCGACUGGAAGGUGGUGUAGAUCUUGUUUCCCAUCUUGGCUUCCCGGGAAGGCGUUUCGUCUAUAAGUAUGGGCUUACUGAUAAGUGUAUGGAGUGGCUUUGGGAUGAGCUCACUGUCUUGACACAAAUACCGUCACAUCCCAACAUUCUGCCUUUGCAUCGAGUAGUAGUCACCGAUGCCGAGGAGAGGGUUCUGGGAAUGACUACAGAAUACGUAGAGGGCAGUGACCUGAUGCACAACCGCGAGCGGCCCUUCAAACUGAAAUGGUUGCAACAAUUGACAGACACUCUGGAUUUCCUGCAUCUGGAGGUAGGCAUUGUUCAAGGAGAUGUUCAAUUAAAAAAUCUUCUAGUAGACUCAAAAACAGACAGAUUGGUCCUGUUCGAUUUCGGACAAUCCCGGCCAGCCACAGACGGUAGCAUUCAGCAUGAGCUAGACGAAGUCAAUUGGGUCAUAUACGAUAUAGUUACAGAGGACAGAACUCUUUUUGUGCGUCAAUUCCUUGAGCAGUCCUGGGAGGGUCUCAAGCAUAUCAACGAAAUGACGGAAUGGCCAGCCAAAGGAAAGCUAGAUUGCGAUCAGGCAGCUCUGCGCGAACACUUCAGGGCAUGGGCUAAGAGGAGAAAGGAACUUGGAACGCUCGAGCCGAAGAGUCUCAUCAGCUUUGGCAAAGGAGGUCCGAGACGGCUGUGCACUCCAGAACCGAGAGAAGAGUGGGAUGACAGUUGGGAUGGGGUCAAUGGAAUCCCACCAUUCCGGGAAUUUGUGCCACCACCACACGCAAUCGAUUGGCAACGUCCACCUUAUCAUGAAGCUUAUCCUGGGAGGGUGCAGGAAGAUGCAACUAGAGGAAUCCCCGCUGGGAUUGAUUGCAAGGACGAUGGAGACGAUGAGCUCGCAGAUAGUCAUACUCCAACACUCCUGAAAAAUGCACCCACUUCCAUCAUUGGACCGAUAUCAAACCGAUCCAAAAAUGACAUUGUCGAGAUUCCUCAUGACCCAGAACUUCAGUAUUCUGAAACCAUUGCUCAAAUGCGAGAGACGGAUCACGAAAGCAACAACGUUUCAAGCGUCGCUGUCGCUAAAGCCUCUGGGAGACCCGAUUCGACUCGAUCUACUGGUCAUGAUACACAUCCCGCGACUGGUAGUCAAGCCGCUCUUUUUUCUUCGAGCAGCCCUGUUGGUGCUCUGUUUGAAAAAGCCAGCGGCUCAGAACGUUCACAGGGGUUGAACCAGACUGUACAGCACAGUAGAGAUCAAUCAAGUCAUCCCAAAGAUGACGCUACCAUCAUAGGGCCAAAACCCUCCAGUGACGAGUCUACCAACACCAGCAGCCUACUUAACAAGAAUGUAGCCGAGGCUCCCUUGGAUGGCGAUGCCUCUGAAGUGUUAGAUUCGAACACCACGAAGCCCGCUCUUGCACCAAGCGGCCACCACUCGCCUCUCUUGGAUAAUACUCAAUCAACCCGGCGUGAUGGUGACGAUGCGGAUCACAAAGAUCCGCAUGAAGAUCAACGUGUACACCUGGAGUCCAUAGCCGAAACUACAUCCGCCUCCAACACCUCGAAAAUGUCGGAUACAAGUACAUCUGCAAGCGAAAAGCCGCCUGUCAAGAAGGCGCGAAAACCAUUGCCGUCACCUCCCAUUCCGAGUUCCACCCCCAUUUCUAGAACAAAGGCUCCGGAGACUCAGUCCAGUCGCAAUAAGCCAUCACGCCGGAAACCCGCCGAGUUGGGUCUACAGUUGGAAGCUGAUGAUACAAACCAUUUUAAGAAGAGCAAGAUCACUCAAACCCUGCCUCGGGCCAAAGAGAAAGUUUUGUCGGCUAUCCCGAGCCACACUACAGAUCAGCACAAGAGGGGACGCGAGGAUGAGAAUCAGUUGGGCUUCGAUGACAACGAGACGCGGCCACUGAAGCAAAGCAAGAUCUGCAAAGUUGAUCCGAAACCGCCCAAGACCAAACCGGCACUAAAAACAAAAGGCCGCCUUCUUAAGACAAGCGAACCAAGGGUGCAAGAAAGACCAUCAAAGUCUACCUCGAGCCACACAACUACUCAAAGCGCUGUUGAGUAUUCGAGCUCAGGGGAAGAAUAG